AUUUUAAAUUGAAAAAAUCGAAGUUUAUUUAAAAACAGACACCAUGUUCAGUACGAAAAAGUGGUUCAAUUUAUAAAAACACAACUAAACUGAACCGGAUAUAUUUGACAGCAGUGUCUAAGUCUUUUGGCGGUACAUUGAUGUUGACAAUUGCCUAAACAAAACUUAGAGAGAAAAACCAACGAAUCCUAACUGUUUGUGUAAUUGAUUUGAAAUAUAUCUGAGACGCAUAAAAAAUAGACGUAAAAAUGGAAGUUGACAUAAAAUUGGAAAAUGACGCUGAAUCAAAAGAAAAUCAAGAAAUCGAUUCAUUAAAAAGUUUGGGUCCGUACAUAGCUCAGAAAAAUAAUGCCGAAAGUUUUGUGUAUUUCUCAAAUAUACCGCAAAUCUGUUUCGAUGAACCGUGUAUGCUUGGUGUUGACGAGGCUGGUCGUGGACCUGUUCUAGGUCCGAUGGUGUAUGGAAUUGCGUUUUGUCCUCUGGCCAAAGCCGAUAUUUUGAAAACGCUUGGUUGUGCCGAUUCAAAACAGUUGACCGAAGAAAAACGGGAGGAAAUUUUCAAUGACAUUUGCACAAAAGAGUAUGCAAAUACGAAUAUGGCGUGGGCCGUUGAAGUGAUUUCACCGAAUGUGAUUAGUAAUUCAAUGUUUCGGCGCUCAAAACAUUCAUUGAAUGAAGUAUCAAUGGACUCGGCCAUCGGUUUGAUAAAUCGGGCCAUUGCGCUUGGUGCAAAUAUUGCCGAAGUAUAUGUUGAUACAGUUGGACCCCCAGAAAAGUACGAGGCAAAAUUGAGCAAAAUUUUUCCCGACUUCAAGAUUACCGUGGCAAAAAAAGCGGACUCAACGUAUCCAAUCGUUUCAGCGGCUAGUAUUUGUGCAAAAGUAUCCCGAGAUCAUGCGCUCAAAGUAUGGACAUUCCCGGAAGGUAUUACUGUGGAUGGCUUUGGCAGCGGAUACCCAGGAGAUCCGGUCACCAAACGAUUUCUACAAGAAAACAUCGAUCCGGUAUUUGGUUUUCCGCGUUUGGUGCGAUUUAGUUGGUCAACUGCUGAGAAUAUAUUGCUGGCAAAAGCAUUAAAAGUUCAAUUCGAGGAUGCGGACGAAGCAACAACGGUGAAAAAACCUAAAAAACCAAUCACAAACUUUUUCACAUCAGAUAAACCAACGACACGCCCACGGCACAUAUUUUUUCGCGAUCGGUGCUUACAAAGUGUGUCAGAUUUGUAAGUUCAUCGCGCAAAUGUCGUAUUUUUCGUUCAAUUUUCGACAGUUCAUUUUGUAAAUGAAGACUUAUUAUAAAAGACCUUGUUUUCCUGCCAAAACUCAAAUAAAUGAAACUCUUUUUGUACGGUCA